GAUGUGCGACAACCCUGGCAGCAGGAAAAGGUUCUUCGGCCCAAACGAAAAAUAAAGAACGAUAAAACUUUUUGUGGGCCCGCAGCAAAAAGGAUCGCCAGCGAAGAGAGAGUGCCGUGCCAACCGGUAAACUCUCGACCCCGUGACGUGUGACCCCGCGAGCGUGCGUGUUUCAGUGUUAAUUUGUUGGAGCAGCAAAAUCGGAGCAGGCAGCGUGUAAAAACUUGCGGAAUUAUCGUGGCACCGCUCGGAGAAAGAGAGAGAGAGAGUAAGAGAAGAGAGAGAUUGCCGCACGCAUAAAAUAUGAUCAAAUUGCAAAAUUGAUUUCAAUUGGCCACUCAACAAAAGCAAACAUCAAGUUCAAUGUUUGGCGCCUGCUGCGACUCUUGAGACUCGAUUAAGCCACAAAUAAUACCGAUCAGGAUCUGAGCCAAGUUCCGAACUGAGGCUUUUUGGCCAUGGCACAGCAAACGCAGCCGCAGCAACAGGCAGCGCCGCCCACGUCGACGCCGGCCUCUACGGCGGCGGUUUCUGGAGCAGCAGGUGGAGGAGCAGGUGGCGGAGCAGCCACGCCCAUCUCAACGCCCUCGACGCCACAGCCGGCUGGAGUGAGCUGUCCGCUCAGCAACAACAACAACAACAACCUGGUUUCGCCAUCCGGGAAUAACAAUCUACUGACGCCCGUCCAGGCCUUUACUCCGGCCGGACAGCCCGUGUACAAUCCACAAGUGUACAUGUCCGCCCAUGGAGGACAUCCGCAUGCUGGAGCCCACUAUCCGGCCAUGAUCCCCGCUCCGACGCCCAGCAGCACUGCUGUCUACGUGAACAACGUCACUGCCAAUGUGAAUCUGCAUGGCUGGCCGCACGGGGUUCCCACUUAUCUGCAGGCUGGAGGUCAGCACCACUACAUCGGGCACGGCGACAUGCCGCAGGAGCAGGGCAACACCGUGAUGCCGCAUCUGCAGUCCUUGCCCAUCAACUUGACUGCCCAGGGCGGCUCUCCGAAUCCCCACACUCCUGGAAUGUGCGGAGGACGUCCGCGUCCCCGCGGUCGCCCUCGUGGUGGCGGUGGACCGCGACGCAAUGACUACCACGGGCCACGUCAUCUCCAGCAGCCACAGCAGCAGCAGCUGAUUACCCUGCCGCCGCAGCAGCAACUGCCUCCGCCGGAUGGAUCCAAUCCCGGAUUGCAACUCCAGGCCGAUCAGAUUGGUCAGCAGAUGCCGCCGCCCGAGGCCCAUAUGCAGCACCUGCCGCAGUACUACCCUGCUCCACAUACCUACGCUUACGGGCCAUAUCCCUCGCCCUACUUUGCACCACAGCAUGCGAAUCUGCAGCCUCCUCCGAAUCCCACUGCUGCCCAACAGGCCACCGGAUCACCGCUCUUCAUCUCCGGUCCGGUUAUGUACAAUCAUGCGUGGUUCAAUCCCGGUGGGUACAUCUAUCCCAUGAUACAUCCGUCUGAGUAUCAGUUCGUCCCGGAAGAUGCUGGGCAGCCUGGAGUGGAUGAGCGUGUCGCUCAGCAGGAUGGAGGAAUGACCCAAAUCUGGCACACGGCCCCCAUGUUCGCCGAGGAUUUCGAAGCGCUCCAGCAGCAGCAGCAACAACAGCAGCAGCAACAGGUUGCUAUGCAUCCCAAUGGCGGAGUCGCACAUGUGGUCGAUGAGCUCAACCACAACAGCUCCUCGCUGCCCUCCUCGGAAACGUCCAGCAUGCUCAGUCCGAAUUACCCCAUCUACGAUCCCCAGAUGCAAGAGAUCCAACACCAGAUGGGUGUGAUGCAGAUCUAUGACGACGGUCAGAUAGCCGCCCUGCAGCCCAUUCACCCAGGAGCAGUUCCUGUGCAGUACGAAGACGAGCUUGCUGAGUGCGGAGCUCCUCCACCUGGCGCUAUUCCGGUGGCCUGGACUGCUGCCAUGCCCUUGGCACCGGAUGGCGUCCAGCCAGCUCUGCUGCCCCCGCCGCAUCACAUCUUGCAGCAAACAUCGCCCGUGUUAAUCGAGCAGGCUCAUCCUCCGCAGCCCCCAACACCAACUCCUCAACAGCAACAACCCCAUCAGGAGCAAAUGGUUGACAAGAGUUUGAUAAACAACAACAACGAGGUGGCCUUGGAAGAAAAGUUGGCCAAGGAGAAGCAGCAGCAAAUCGAAUUGGAGUUCCACCAGCAACAACAGGAGCAAUUGCAGCAGCAGCAACAACAACAGCAGCUUCAGCAACAGCAGCAGCAAGAAAUACAGCAGCAACAUCAGCAGCAGCAACAGCAACAUCAACAAUUACCGCCGCUUCAAGUCGAAAAACCUCCAACAAAAGUGCCAAACCUUGUAGUAGCUACAGUGGCACCUCAAUUACAACAGCCUCCACCACUGCAGCAACAGCAGCAUCAACCUGCACCACAGCAACAUCAGCAGCAGCAAACAUCACCGGUCGUGGUGCCGCCACAGCAGCAGCAACAACCACCGCAGCAGACCAGCUACCAUGAGCCACAUCAAAUCCCGCAGCAGCAACAGCAGCAGCAACAACAACCGCAGCCCCAGCGCAAGCCACCGCAGCAAUAUAAUCAAUCCCAGCAGCAACAGGUACGUCGCAAGUUCUCAUCGGAGUACAAUCACCAUCACCAUCAGCACGGCAGCAGCGAUACAGGCAUCCAGACUACCAAGACGAUGUCCUGGACCAAUUCCGCCCAGCACAAAAAGUCCACACAAUCGGUUUCGGUCACUGCUUCGCCCAAUAGUGUGAACAAUGGAUCGGGAGUGGGUGUUGCAAGUGGCCCGGCGGGCAAAUCCAACUACAGUCACACCACAAAGACAUUCACCAACCAGCAGCACUACCAGCAGCAGCAGCAACACUACCAAAAUCAGAGCAACUAUAACAACAACAGCGGUGGCAGCAGCAGCAACAAUAGUAGCACCAGCUCGAGCAGCAGCAACAAUCAGCCGCAGGUGCGCAACUACGGCACCAUGAAGGUGCCCUCAUCGCCAGUGGCCAGUACAGCGCCAACGCUGGAGCGCAAAAACAGCCAACAGGGAGCAGCCCCACCGCCAGUAGCACCUGCAACUGCAACGCCUGUGGCACUCACAACGGCAACUACCUCAACGGCCAGCAUUACGGCUACCCCAAAUCAAUUCCUACAGGAGACCAGCAACAUUAGUGCACCAGUAGUUGCCCCGCAGCAACAGCAGCAGCAGACUGUACCCCAGCAACAUCAGCCUGCACCACAGCAACAUGUGCCCACAGCAGCAGCAGCUCCACCAACCAAAUCGUACAGCACCUAUGCUACUAAGAAGCAUCAGGGCCAUGAAACCGUGGCCUUGAGCUCCGUGGUGUCCUCCAGUUCCUCAUCGAACCCGCAACCACCGCUCAAUCUUGCCCCACCUGCCCCGCCAGCAUCACAGAACAGCAGCGACAGUGCCCAGCUUUCGUGGGCCAGUUUGUUUGCCAGUAGCAAGCCCGUGGCCAAGGUGGCGCCCUAUGAGGCCAGCAAACCUGUGCAGCAGCAACCACAACCAGUGCUCCAAUUGGCUCCACCGCAGCCAGUCCAAGUGGCAGCUGCCGCUCCAGUUCUUCAGCAGGCAACACCGCCGCAGAACUUGCCCCUGCCCACGGCUCACCAGCAGUCGCAGUUGCCAGCUCCUGUGCCGGCGCCAAUCACUCCGCUGAUCACCCCAGGCGCACUCUCCUAUUCGGCAGCAUCGGCUCAGGCUGUUCCUGCUCCCAGUCCCGCCUCCGCUUCCGUCAAGCCCCUGAAGCCGGAACCUUUGCGUCCGGUGCAGCAACAAUUGGAUGAGUGGACCAACAAGUACGCCGAGUACCUGACACGCCACAAGACCAACCUGGCGGCGAUUAGCCUGCGUCCACGGGGACUGACCAACAGGUCCAACUACUGCUACAUCAACUCGAUCCUGCAGGCCCUGCUCGGCUGCUCGCCGUUCUACAACCUGCUGCGCUCCAUUCCCAAGCAGGCAGCUGUCUUAAGCGAGGUCAAAACGCCCACGGUGAAUGCCAUGAUGUCUUUUAUGACCAACUUUUCAUCGCUACCCAGCGGACUGCGCUUGCGCUUGAACAACCUAAACAAGGGAUCUCAAAGCAAGGGCAAGGAUGAGUUUAUUGGCUCAGAUCUGCAAUGCGACAUGGCCUUUGAACCCACAGAUAUCUACAAGUUGUGGAACGACAGUCGCGAGGAGCAUGUCGAAGGUCGCCAGGAAGAUGCCGAGGAAUUUCUGGGAUAUGUGCUAAACAAGCUCAACGAUGAGAUGUUGGAGGUGAUUAAACUGAUUGACAAACCCACCUCUCAGCAAAAUGGUCAGGAGCCACCAGAGCCAGAAGAUGGCGGCGAUGUCUGGCAGAUGAUUUGCAACAAUCGUAACAAGGGCAGUGUCACCCGCCAAACCGACUUCGGACGCACUCCCAUAAGUGAAAUCUUCCGAGGAGAACUGCGUUCCCGGCUGCAACGAGAGGGAGAACACUCCACGGAUGUGAUUCAGCCUUUCUUUACGCUUCAAUUAAACAUCGAAAAAGCUGCAUCCGUGAAGGAGGCGCUGGAGAUCCUGGUGGGUCGCGAUCAGCUGGAGGGCGUCACCGGCAGCAAGACCAAGCAGGAGGUGGUGGCCUGGCAGCAAAUGACGCUGGAGAAACUGCCCGUCGUCCUGAUAUUGCAUUUAAAGUACUUUGAUUACCGCUCUGAUGGGUGCACAAAGAUUUUGAAGAAGGUGGAGUUCCCCGUGGAACUAAAGAUUGAUGCCAAAAUCCUCGGCUCGAAGAAGACCUCGCAGAAGCAGCGCGCCUACCGUCUGUUUGCGGUUGUCUAUCACGACGGCAAGGAGGCCUCAAAGGGCCACUACAUCACGGACGUGUUCCACACGGGCUACAACAGCUGGCUGCGCUACGACGACAGCUCGGUGAAGCCGGUCAGCGAGAAGCACGUUCUCCAGCCGCACACGCCGCGGGUGCCUUAUCUUCUCUACUACCGCCGCUCCGAUACUCUGCCCCCGCAGCAGCAUCAGCAAUCCCAGCAGCAGACCACCAACGGCGGUGGAUCAGGAGCUGGCGGCGGAGUGUUGGGCAGCUCCUCCUCAUCGAAUGCCGGGGACAACAAGUGAAAGCCAACCGCAACGGGGCGUUGUAAAAUACAUCAGAACUUUAAGUGUUAGGCGAUAGACCAUAUAUAUUUUUGUGUCAGUGCGUGUGAGCGAGAGUGCGAGUUUGGUUUUAUAUGCAUAUACAUAUACAAAUUAACAAUUAGAUAUAUUCGAGCGGUAUAUAUUUAAGCCCAAAGUCCAAAGCGCAUGUCCGUGUGUAAGAGUGCGAUUGUGUGAGAAAGAAACUUAGCUCUAAGCUAGACUAGAAUUAAGUUGAGCAGAAACAUAAGCAGCAACAAAACUCGUUGAAACGAAAACUUUGUACAAAGAGUAGGAGGAACGGAAGAACUCUGUAAACUAAACAGCGAGCAAAUUAUCAUAUAGUGUUAAAUCUACGAACUCCUUCAGCAAAGCGAAACUCCCCCAUUUAUCUGAGGCACAAAAAGGUCUCCCAGCCGUUAUACGUAGUGAGUGUGCAUAGCUGUUAGGAAAGCCCCCAAAUACACUAGAAUUUUUUUCGAUAUGUUAUGACAAACGCUUAGAGCUGUAAAUAUACACAAAUAAUCAUAUAUUGUAGUUGAUCAGUUUCGCGACAUGCAGCAUGCAUUUAAACAAACCAACCCAGCAACAAUAUAUCGGAUGCUUUGAAUAUGCUUUAAUGAAAUAUACAUUUAGAACCAGGGUAUUUUCGACACAAAGAGUAAAUACAGGCAGUGGUGGUCAUAGUAAUAGCCGAAUAAAUCUCGAAAUCUACAGGCCAAAUUGUGUUAGUUUGUAAACGGUCUGGAAGAUCAAAUUUAGGUUGAAUAUUUCCUUACUAAAAUCUUAUUUUGUUUAACGAGUUUUGCUCAUAUCGAAGCCGCAAAACAUUUGAACGUCAGCCUGCAAUAUUUUAAAUGAAAUUGAAAGUAAAGAACUAAAAAUGUAAUCUUCAAGGCUAUUAUUAUUUGGACCACAACUGUGCGUUUCAUUAUUUUGUACACGUUUAAAAGCAGAUAAUAAGUUAACAGCGCGGUAAUUUUGUAAUUUAUUUUAUAUGUUGUUUAGUUUUACAUGCAAUCAAUUAAGGACAGGCAGAUUCAUAUAUAUAUACAAAACUUGUUAUUCAUAGUUAGUGAAACUUUUUUGGGAAUUGUCCCUGGCUUGGAUUCGUUGUUUGCCUUGAUGAUAUUCGAGUUCUAUUUAACUUUUCUUAGGUCUAGAGCAUUUAGUUUGUACAUCAUGUUAGAGAAUUCUGUUGGGAUUGAAACACAAGAUUUGAAAGGGAAAAAAUAAAAAUGUGUAAUGGGGUCAGAACUAAAACUAAUCAAUCAUACUAGUUGAUAGCUAUCUAACAAACGUAUACACCCAUAUAUAUUUUCUUAAGCUAUAAAAACGCAUAUAUAUUAUUUAUAGAUAUCGUGCCAAUGUUAAAACAUCUAAAAAUUUACAAAAAAAAAAAAAGGAAUUUGAAUAAGAAAAGCUAAAUAACUUGUCAAAGCUUUGUAUAGUCAGCGGCUAAACGAGAAAGGAAUAUAUUCAAUUAAUCAAUUAAGAAUUACGUAUCUUAAAAUCUAUUUGGGGAUUUACUAAAAUUUUCAGUGACUUUAAAAACAAUAGUUUGGGCGUCAAAACAUGGUAACGGAAUAUGUUUCUAUACAAUUUCAUUGCAUACUUUUGGACCGUCGUGCUAUAAUUUUUUGGAGACUGAAAAUUUUUGAGAUCUUCAUUGAUCAUGGGUAUGCGUGACUUUCCCGCAGGAAAAGUGUUGGCUCUUAAAUGGAUUGUGAUCCCAUAAUCUACUUAAGUGCCAGGACUUCAGUGGGGAAAGCGGAAAUCUUGAAAUAUAAUAAAGAAAUAUUAAUAAGCUAAUCGUAUACUAGAGAAAUGCAUUGACAUAUUUAACGUAUAUUAUGAAUAGGACAGAAAGCGAAACCAUAAAUAUAAAUCUACAUAUAUAUAUAUUUUGAUGUUAUACAAUUAUGAACUAAUUGUAAGCCAAAUUAUAGGAAAACAUUUUUUAUAGAAACGUGUACGCGUCAGCGUUUUGCUAGUUACAAAUAGGUUCCUAAAACUUUACGAAAAAGCAAAAAAAAAAAGUUAUAAUAACAAUAAAUUGAUACAACCACAAAACGUAACGAAAUGUUGAAGCAGAGAAAGCAAAAAAUAUUAAAAAAUAUUAAUACUGAUAUAUGUAGUUUAAAGCCAAGCUUAACCCAUAAACACUAAAAUAAAACUGAAAACAAACAAACCUACAAAACAUAUAAAUUUAUAAAUCCAAUUUAUAUAAAAACCAAGCAAAGCAAAGAAUGAAAAAGAUUGAAAAAAGUUGAAUUACCAAUUACAUAUAUUUUUGCAAGCGAAAUUAAAAUGUCAAACAUAAACGAAAAAACAUGUAGGAUUAAUAAUACAACUAAAGACGUAAAAUUGUAACAUUUUGGAUAUAUUCAUGUAUUAAUUUUUUUUGUCAUAUUUGUUAUGUAAUUUAUGGAAUACUCCAAAAUAGGAUUUGUUUAUUCUUAUUUUAAAACUAAUUUUAUAAUUAAACCAGCACUAAUUGUUUUGUCCAACCCGAAGAGUGUGUUUUAAAACUAUUUUGAAAACGGAAUCGAAAACUGAAUUUAUUUCAUAUUUAACCAUUUAUCUUUUAUUUUGUAAAAACCACUUACUGCCUAAUAGUCUUCAAACGCACUGUUCCUAUGUCCUACUUUUUUUUUGUAUAACCAAAACAUGAUUUUUCAUAAUUUUUGUAAUAUUCUUUUACAUUUUGUUGUCCUUGAUUUAUGUAUUUCAUAAUUUCUAAGUAGUUUCUAAGGCUGUGUAACUAACUAAAAAUAAGUACUAACACUUUUUGCGUAUGGUCAGGUGUGGAGCGGGAUCAUUACUCACGAUUGUUGUAAAUGAGUUUGCCGGACAAUUUUUGUUUAUUUCGCCACGUUUUCCUAUUUUUGAGGCCUCUGGCGACAGGCUCCUCCGAUAAACAGAAAUUGGCAAGUGCACUUACUAAACGUAUAAUGAGGAAUAGCGUUUAAUCGGGGAAGAAAUCGGAAUAAUAGAGCAGCUCUAAGUAAGUUUAGCCAGCAGACAAACUAAUAUUAAACGUUUUGUAACCAAGUUUUCUAAGGCCAGGGAUGAGUGGAAAGAAAAGCGCUGGCCAAAAAAAACGAGAAUAACAAGACACUAGAUGUUUAACAAUGCGAAAUGAUUAACAAAACAAACUGAAGUGAAAUAAUUAGUCCACAUUUAGUCUAAAGAAACCAUGCUAAAGUAAAUCUACAAACUAAAACGAAUUCAGUUGUACUAAGUAAAUGUAACAAGCGGAUAAUAUUGUACCAUGGAAAGCAAAAACAUAAACAAAUGAAAUGAAACAUUAUCUAGCAAUAAAAUAAAAUGAGUGAUUUCAUUGCCACAAGCAAA